UUUCGUGGAUAUUUUAAGCGGCAAAUGGACCUCAGGCCGAGGCUUCGACAAUCCUUCUCCGGCUUCACCAAAUCCGAGUUGAUUUGUUACCAAGGCGUUGAAGCUUUUUUAUCUGGCCAAUAAUUCUUCGGUUCUUCCUGUUUAGGUUCAGAAAAUGGAGUGGUUACUUGAUAGUCAUAAAGAGCAAACUUUGGAAGAUGAGUUCUGUAAGAAAUUAGCAAGACUUUUCAAUCGUGUGAAAGGCCGUGCUGGAAAACCAGUUGUAAAGUGGAUUGAGGUUCAGAGUUGGUUUCAGAAAAAUCAGCAGCAGGGCCACUAUAGAGAGGCUUCGUUUAAUGAAGCUAAUAAGUUACCUGUUGUCCCAGAAACUCUCACUCAGAACAAAGCAAAUGGAAAUGCGAAGAUGCCUGAGGGAGUCGAGGAUGCAGAUUUAUCUAGGUUGGAGUUUGAAGCGAGGUCCUCAAAGGAUAGAGCAUGGUAUGACGUUGAUACAUUUCUUUCCCACAGAUUUUUCAGUUCUGGGGAACCUGAAGUCCUUGUAAGGUUUGUUGGGUUUGGAUCUGAGGAAGAUGAAUGGGUGAAUGCACGAGAUUCUGUGAGGGUGCGGUCUGUUGCUUUGGAGCAUACGGAAUGCCAAAACGUAAAGGCUGGGGAUCUAGUAGUGUGCUUCCAGGAGAGACAGGAUCAAGCAAGAUAUUAUGAUGCUCGUGUACUCGAAAUUCAAAGAAGAUGGCAUGAUAUAAGAGGUUGCAGAUGUCUUUUUUUGAUUAGAUACGAACAUGAUAAUGCAGAGGUGAAUGCUUUCCACUUUUGGAUCAUACUCAAGUUAAACUUUGGUGCAUUCAAUCUGAUAUGAUACAGUCUCCAUUUUAUAGGAAAGGGUCCGUUUGAGGAGACUAUGUUGCCGGCCUACCAUAGUGGCGAAGUAGAAGUAAUAGUAGCUCCCGUGAGAUCGAAAAUUUUAAGUCUUUGUGCAUUCCACCUGUUUUGUUUUCUUCAUGUUCGUGUUCUUGGCUGCACUUUCUAUCGCGUCCCGGGCUCGUAUUAGUUCAACUUGAUAGUGAUGAUUUUGAUCUUUGCUUAUGUGACGCCUUUACAAGUUGGUUCACAGAAUUCUAAAGAAAAUGUAGAAUGAAUGAACAGAAUUUACAUCGUUUAGUUUGGAAUUCAGUCUCAUCGAUUGUGUUA